AUGGCGUCGGCAAAUGACCGUGGUGGCUGCGCAGACACUGCAAUACGAUCAGAGGAGCACAUAUCAACCGACAGCCUAGAGAGAACGCCAUUGAGAAGCGUGAUAUCUGGAACCCGCGACCAUUCGUACAGCAGGGCAGGUUUGACGUGCGCACACAAGGGUCCAGAAGCCGUAGUAAGCCCUGGCAUGCACCGUCUCGGGAAGGUACCCCGUGCCCCAUGCGAGAUACACCAAGAGCCUUUCCAGCAGCAGCAGCGGAAAGAUAGUUGCUGCACUUUCCAGGAGUGUAAUGUCUCGAACUUUCCAGCUCUUUCCUUCUCCGGCUCCCAGUUUCUGUCUCCCGGGACGAUUUUGGGCUCAGCGGCCGCAAAUAACGAAAGUAAUAGCACGGGAUGCAGAAGCAGCAGGUCGAUUAAUACUUUUGAAUUAAUCUCUACAGUCAGUCUGCGACGUUGCAGCAGCAGCGGGGCUGCUCCUGACCAUGUUCCCGCCGACCGCCACAGCAUCUCUGCGUGUAAGGGCAGGACCCCGCGUUUUGACGACCUGCGGUUGGGGUUCUGCUGCAGCCACUUUUCUGUUGGGUCUGGUUUGUAUGCCACGCCUACCAGCAGCCGCGAGACAGGAAGCAAUAGCAGCCGCGUCAGCAAUAACAGCUGUAGCAAUGGACGCUGUAAAAGCAGCACCAAGCACGCGCCGCCAUGGCCGCCGCAGAGGAAUUUCAGCUUCUCAGGUGUAACGACACGCAGCCCCUGGAAUACGCGCAUCUGUGCGUGCAGACCGAGCCCAGUUGUAACGGCGAACCGCAGCAGCAGCAGCAGCAGCGGCCUGCAGACGCUGAACUCUGAAUUUGCGGGGCCGGCUCCCCUGACAUGUCAUGGGCAAGCCCUUCCCGAUCACCGUAGCAGUCAAUGCAGCAGCAGCAGAUGCAGCAGCAGUAGCCAGGGCUGUAGCAACAGCAGCCUGUGGGAGGGGGAGCUGGGGCAAGCUGGGACAAGGUGCGAUAGCGACAAGCAGGACGGUACCCGAAUAGCGGAAUUUGACGACCCUCUUCUCCGGCUUCAGUCCCUCAGGCUGCGGCACCAGCCACGGUCACCGUUGCUGCUGCUUCGGUGCCUCAGCUCUCAAGAAACAGACAUGCUUCAGCAGAAUGGGGGCGACAUGUGUCCCCUGGCUGCCGACAUGCCUCCACUUGCCAGUGACGCUGUCUCUGCCCCUGCCUCGGAGUCUUUGGCCUCUGCAGCUUCUCUAAAGAUCCCCGCCAGCGUCGAAAGCUACUAUGGCUUUACUCUCGGGGCUGAGGUGAGGUCCCGUGUGGCAGCAUAUGAAGAGAAGACGGCUCUACAGAGAAAGCGCCAAGCCAAGCUCUGGGAAGAAUACUUAGCGAACAAUCCGUCAUUCGAGGACCGAGGGCAGUUGAAAAAGCUCGUCAGACAAGGGAUACCAGACCAUCUCAGGGGGAGGGUUUGGGCGUCUUUUUUGGGGGCUGACGUAUUGCUCGACUCCGACCCAGAUGCUUUUGAGCGGCUGCAGCUGGAAGAAUUGCCUCUAGACGUCAGUGGCCAGAUAGAGCUGGACCUCCCGCGGACUUUUCCAAACAACAAGAGGGUAUUUAACACGAAGCAUACACCUCAUCACUUUCGCUCUAGUGGCGGUAUAUGCGCUCUACGCCGAGUGCUUCGCGGAUUCGCCGCUGCUCGUCCUUCGGUGGGCUACUGCCAAGGGCUCAAUUUUCUUGCUGGGACUCUGUUGCUUUUUCAGAAGCAAGAGUUGGCCCUUGCCUCGCUGCUGCAGCUGGUCGUGUCUACCGACAAGAACAAAGGCUUGCAAAUCGGCCAGUAUUAUUCCAAUGGGAUGAUAGACCUUCGGAGGGACCUUAAGGUCCUCGAGUUGCUCAUUCGGCAAAAGUCCCCUCGUGUUUUCCAAGUCUUGAAGAAAACGGGGGUCGAGGUUGAGUGGUUGGCUGCUGAGUGGUUUCUGUGUCUGUUUUGCACUUCCUGUCCCCAGCCGACUGUUCUCCGUAUUUGGGACUGUCUUAUGCUGGAGGGCCCGAAGAUUUUGUUCCGCGUCGCACUUGGCAUCAUUUUUUACUUUGAGACUCAACUGGCGAAAAUGCAUUCUCUUGAGCAAGUCAUGGGCUCCCUCAAGGCCAAGUUAGCCCUACUGGUGGAGCACAACGAGCUGCUGCGUCUUUGUUUCCACAAGCUGCGAAGCUUUCCCCGACGCAGGCUGCAGAGCCUGCAAGAGACGGUCGCCGCAGGGCUGGUAGACCCUAUCCAGAAAGCCCGCGAGCAACAGCAGCACCAACAGCAGAAGCAGCAACAGACAGCAUCACAGGACCGCAGACGCCGCCGCUUGCUCUCGUUCAAACGGAACGGUGGCCAGCAGCCUGCAUCUGAACUGGAACAUCCCCAGGCCCCCUCGCCGCAGCAUGUUACAUGGCGUGAGAAGUUGUCAAGAGUGGGCAGAGUGGGGCUCAAAAAGAAGGAGUCUCAGCAAGCGAAUGUGCAGGGGAACUCCUCCUUUGAAGGCAACAAUGCUGCUCAAGAUGUAAGAUCGAAUAGCAGCGCUCAACAGGCAAUACGCAGCCAAGCUGGAAUUGCAGUUCAACAGAGAGCACCAAGCAGCAGCGGUGGCAGACCAGCAGAAGCCUCGCGCCACCCUUCCAGAGGGUUGUUUGCAUCUUAG